AGGUGCUCAAUUGAUGUGUGAUUGUAGUGAAUGAUUGUGUGAUACGUGUUCCGUUUUAUUUCUCAAAAAUCCUCGCCAUGGCUACUGCUAACAAGAAGGAUGAACGCGGAGUCGAGGGGAUUGCGGAAGUUUUCCGGUGCUUCAUUUGCAUGGAGAAGUUGGUGAAUGCGCAUUUGUGCCCGCAUUGCUCCAAGCUCUGCUGCUUGGUGUGCAUUCAAAGGUGGCUGACUGAGCAGCGGAACCAGUGCCCGCAUUGCAGAGCCGCCCUGCAUUUGCACGAACUAGUGAAUUGCCGGUGGGUGGAGGAGGUUAAUCAGCAAUUGGACGUGCUGCAGAGUAGGUCGUCGGCGGAAACGACUGCAUCCUCGGCACUGGAUCAGCACAGACACCCGACUUGGUUGUUUAGAAGCGGGGAUGUCGGGGCGAGUGGGCCAGCUGGGAGGACUGGCAGUCGGGAGAAGGAGGACCAGCAGCAGCAGCAGAGAUGCGAGUUGCACGAGGAAAAGCUUUCUGUUUAUUGCACCACUUGCAAGGAUUGCAUUUGUCAUCAGUGUGCGUUGUGGAGCCCGACGCAUCGCGCCCACAGUUUCAAGCCCGUGGACUCCGUGUAUGACAUCCAAGUGGAGUCUGUUCGCCAAAUGGCGGCGCAGCUGCGUUCCCGAGCCGCCGCCGUGGCGACCCUGGUUCAAGAGCUGGAACGCAGCGUGAACGCGGUUCGGGCACGCAAAGACGAUCGUGUGCGGGAAAUGAGGGCGGCUGUUGAACUCAUGGUGGAGCGUUUGGACACGCAACUCAAGCACCGUCUUUUGGCCCUCAUGGCCCACAAGAAUGCCUUGUGUCAACAGGCAGAGCACAUGGAAAGGUGUUUGCAAGACUCUGACCGCCUGGUGCAUCCUCAACUCUGUCCAAAGCCGAGUCUCAUUGCCCAAGCGACGGGCCACAUCGUGAUGGCCCGUGCCCUGGAUGCCAAGGCUGCAGACCUGCUGGCGACGGCGUCAACGACAAGCACCGUUACGACGACUGGCUUGUUUGUGUCUGAAAUUGUCCCAGAGUACGACUCUGCCGCGUUCAUCAUUGAGGAGUUUUCGCGGCGGCAAAAUAAGGCGGACCCGGUGUACUCGAAGCCCCUGGUUGUCAAUGGCCUGUCUUGGCGCCUGAAGGUGUAUCCCGACGGCAACGGGGUCGUCCGCGGGAAUUACUUGUCCGUGUUUCUUGAGCUGACGUCUGGGCUCAGGGAGACAUCGAAGUACGAAUACCGCGUGGAAAUGGUGCAUCAAAAGCGACAGCAGCGAAUGGGCGUCGGCGUGAUCCUGGAGCAGCGAGGCGACUCCGUCGUGGCCACGAUCACCGCCAGCAACGAGGACGAGGACGCCACCGGGCGCGCCGCCAUAUGCGGUCUCGGCGGAGACCCAGCCAAGAACAUUGUGCGGGAAUUUGCGUCUGACUUUGACGUCGGAGAAUGCUGGGGUUAUAAUCGCUUCUUUCGUCUGGACCUGCUCGCCAGGGAGGGCUAUUUGGAUCCUGCGACGGACACGCUCAUUUUGAGAUUCGCAGUCCGGCCGCCGACGUAUUUCCAGAAAUGCAGAGACCAAUGGCUGUAUAUUCAGCAACUGGAGCAAGACAUGAAGUCCCUCCAGCAGCAUCAACAAUUGCACGCGAGAAGCCUCACGUCAAACAGCAAUGUCACAUCUGUGACCGGGGAAACGUCGCUGUCGUCUCAAAGUGGGUCUGCGCUGCCCACAUCAGGGCCAACGUCUUUCGUCGAUUCGGGACGGGUGAGGAAUCGUUGGAGAAGACGACACAGGGAUGCUGAUGAAGUCGACAGCAGUGAAGCCGGGGUGACGAGGUCUUUGUUGACAGCCACAGGCUUUCGUUUGAAGAUGGAUUGUGGUUCUGGGGCGAGUCCGGAGAACCCCGAUGACGAUGAAGAGGAAGACGACCUGGACCAGCAUCUGGCCCAAGAACUGAUUGGCGUCACGGACUCUGAAGACGAUCAGAGGGACGAGGAAGACGACGAGGAGGAGGAAGAUGAGGUUCAGGGUGCUGUCGGUCUUUCGGCGGCGGCGACGACGACGACGACGACGACGACGACGACGACGACGACGCAGGGAAAACACCCUUUGUCUUCUUCGUCGUUUUCGUCUGUUGUCGCUGCUGCUUCCCUUUGUCCGACUUCUUGUAAAACAGUUACCAAAAAUAGUUCUGGAACUUCGUCACAGAACGUGAAGCUGAGUGUGGCGAAUCAAGUGCCUGUGGCGGCUGUGAAUUUACGAGGAGUUGCUCAACGGCCGUUCCUGAAACCGAGUUAUUCGACCUUUCUAGAGGCGAAUAAUCUCGUAUCUUUCGUUGGAGGAGAACCGGAAACCGAAGACUUGACCGUGUUUUCAGGUGCCUCUGGGAACGCGGAUGCUGAUUCUUCUCUGCAUUCCCUUCGGUUUCCGCUUUCGACCAGGGAUGGCGAAAGGGACGGAGUGCUUCCCACUUCCGGCAGUGUUGUAGCAGGAGGAAGGGAGCCGAAAAGGUCGGCCAUUGCCCACUUGCUCGUCAACGAAGAACCCCAGAGGGACAUGAAUGCUUCCCCAGACAUUCCUGCCGCGUCGUCUUCCGAAGGAGCAUCAGCAGUUGCGUGUGGUUCGUCUGCUGCUGAUGGACUACUGCUGGGUGCUACGGGAACGAACCCGGGCCGGGAGCCCGUUCAGAAAUUCGUUGUUCAGCUUCCGACCGGGAUUGAAGUCUCUAGCAUUGCGAACGGUGUUGUCACGUCUGACGGCGGAGACUAUGAUUUGAGUAGCCGAUCUGAAACGAGCUCCGUCCGGCCCGCGUCGAGGAAGAAUCCGUGAAUUUUUAUACAGCAUCUGUAAUAUGUAUCUUGUGGAUUACAUUGCAAAAAAUAUUUAUAUUUCUGCUUCUUUUGUUUCCUCUUUUUUUUUUGUGUGGAGGAAAUGAAAAAAAAAACAGGAAUGCGACGUUGAACCAAUGCAGAAACAUGACCAUACAUGUGCUGAUUUUUGAAA